AUGGACAUUUGGAUGGCUAGGCCGUCGGAUUACGCCGCUUCCUCAUGCAACUCGUUGGCCAAGUCGACCAGCGAAGGCCGAUCCGAAGCGCCCAAACACGAGAGCAAGUUAGAAGGUCUCGUCACGGCGUCGUGGUACGCGCCGUCCGAGGCGUCUACCUCGUCGACGGAACCCACGCCGUUCAAAGUUGACCUCGUCGCCUCGUCGGACGCCUCGGGUUUGUCCGUUGCUUCCACGUGUUCCGGAUCCGACGACUCUGCCGCAGCCGUCGCGAAAUCCACGAAACAGGCGCCAGCUGCAGUCCAUGCGCCUCACGCUCACCGAGCCGCUGCUACACCCGUUGCUCCGCGCGCGUGCCGACGGCCGCUCGUGCUGAGCGCAUACGACGGUGUGCUGGACCCCGAGCUGUUCGAGCAAACCGGCGAGUUGGGGCGUGGCGGGUAUGGCACGGUGGUGGCGAUGCGGCGAGUGGAGAACGGUGAGGUGGUGGCGGUGAAGCGCGUGGAGCGAAAGCAGCUGGUGGCGGCGUCGAAUGAGGCGAUGCUUUCGGCGUCGCUGAGCGAGUGUCCGGGCGUGCUGGGCGCGCGCGAGGUGCAUCUGGGCGAGCAGCACGCGUACAUGCUCUCCGAUGUGUGCUCUGGCGGCGACCUCCGCGCCCUCAUGCAGCGACGCAAAGCUGCUGCAAGCAACGGCGCGGGAGACGCGGGGAGAGGCAAGGGGAGGCGGUGGUGGGGGAAGGCGAGCGGGGAAGGCGGGCGGGGAGGGGGAAUGGCGGAGGCGGAGGCGCUGCAAGUGGUGAAGCACGUGAGCGACGCCGUGGUGUUCUGCCACGAGCGAGGCGUGGUGCACUGCGAGAUCAAUCCCGACAACAUCCUCUUCGCCACUCCCACGCCCCUCUCCGCCCCUCUGCCUUUCUCCGCCGCCGCUGCUCCUGCUGCGCCUGCGCGCGCCUCUCCUGCUGCCCUCGGCCUGUCCGCGCCCGUGGUGGCGGAGGGGCAGCGCGGGUGCAGCACUCCCGCAGGCACGCCCGGGUACAUGGCGCCUGAGGUCGAGGCCCUCUGCCGCCCUCGCUGCCCGCCUGCCCCGGGCGCCGCCAAGCACGCUAGAAGAGCAGCGGGGAGAGCAGAGGCAGGAAUCACAGAGGCAGUGGGGUAUGGGCGCGCAGCUGACGUGUGGUCGCUGGGGGUGACGCUGUACGAGAUGAUUGCGGGCGAGCGGCCUUACUCAGGGGAGGCGCCUCAGCAGGGCGAGUGGCGGGCGCGUGUGGAGCGGGCAGCGUGGGAAGGCGUGUCAGAGGAGUGUCGCGCGCUGGUGAGCGGCAUGCUGAGAGUGCGCGUGGAGGAGAGGCUCACCAUGGCGCACGUGUGCCACCACCCCGCCAUGAUCCGCGCUUUCGAGGGCAGCGGAGGGAGCAGCGCGGGGAAGAGCAGGAGCGCAAGGUGGUGGUAA